UUGGGGAAAGCGGAGCUGAGCCCCGCCCUGUACCGCUGCUUUGCGCCUCCGCUGUGCGUGCGAGGGACGUCGGGGGCGGUGCCGCAGCAGUUGCCCCUGGUAACGGGGAGGCAGGAGGAGGAGGAGGGACUCGGCGGGAGGAUGGGCUUACUCUCAAUUUUGCGCAAAUUGAAAAGUGCACCGGACCAGGAGGUGAGAAUCCUUCUCCUGGGCUUGGAUAAUGCUGGCAAGACUACUCUUCUAAAACAGCUUGCAUCUGAAGACAUCAGCCACAUCACACCUACACAGGGUUUUAACAUAAAAAGCGUACAAUCACAAGGUUUUAAACUGAAUGUAUGGGACAUUGGUGGACAAAGGAAAAUCAGACCAUACUGGAGAAAUUAUUUUGAAAAUACCGAUAUUCUUAUAUAUGUAAUUGACAGUGCAGACAGAAAAAGAUUUGAAGAGACGGGUCAGGAACUAGCUGAAUUACUGGAGGAAGAAAAGCUAAGUGGUGUGCCGGUGCUCAUCUUUGCAAAUAAGCAGGAUUUGCUCACAGCAGCCCCUGGCUCUGAAAUCGCUGAAGGACUGAACCUGCACACCAUCCGUGACCGAGUCUGGCAGAUCCAGUCUUGCUCCGCUCUCACAGGAGAGGGUGUUCAGGAUGGCAUGAACUGGGUCUGCAAAAAUGUCAAUGCAAAGAAGAAAUAAAAUCUAGACGAAUGGAGAUGCAGGAGCUGCGGGAGCCGAAUUCAGUCCUGAAAAACACUAAUUUGCUGCUUUCUGACCAAAUGUUUUUCCAUCUGUGUACAGCUACAGCUGUUUGAAUGGAGGGAACAACACAGUUUAAAAAGAAUCCCCAUUCCAGCAGUAGAUUUAACUGAUCUCCGAGGUUCAGUAUCAUUUUUCAAAUAAAGGAAUUAUAUUAUUUCCUCUGCAUAAUUGAAAUAGUAUUAAAUGUCUCAAAGCACAUGAUUAGAAAAUGAGAUCUUUUAAAUGAGCAAGAGAUUGCAUUGCAGUUUAGACAAUUCCAGUGGGCUUUUUUUUUUUUUUUUUUAAAAAAAAAGAAGAAGAAGAAGCAGCAGCUUAUGCUGAGUUCAUUUAUUUACUGACCUGUCCCUGAAAUUCCCUCCAUGGUUUUACAACCACAGACAGUGUGUGCUGGUGCUGGUCAGUGAUUUUUACCAUCACCACUGAGCCAGAGCUUCAGUCUGUCCAGCAGGAAGCUAUGGGGAUUUGGUGGGGGGGGGCGCAGAGAGAAGACUAGCAGAUGAUGAAACCAUCUUGUCAUGCACAUGGGAGACUGCAAAUGUAAUCCUCACCCUUUGGACAGGAAAAAAAAAAAUCCUUUCUUGCAAACAAGUCACUACAGACACAUACCCCAUACCUGCCUCCCCACCCCGACCAGCCACACAGGGAAGCAAAUUCUUAUGACUUUUGACUGUAAUGACAUCUGGAAUGUAAGGAGAGGUGGGAGGUUUAAUUCCAGAAAAAUUACAAGGUCCUUAAAAAGCCCUCACAUCGAGGGCUCAGGCUAGCGUAAACAGGCUUUCUCCAGUUCAGUGGAGCAGUGAGCAGCCGACUCUGAGAUUAGCUGGCUUCUCCACAGCCGUCCUAUAGAAGAGAUUUCUAAAGCUCAAAGAAUUCUGUGUUUAAAUGAUCACAAUAGGCCACUGCUAUCAGAUUUUAAAAAUAAAUGCAGCUUUACCAUGAACUCGCUCCCCUGAGAAAAGCCAGGCAGAUCGAUUUUUUAGAAGAGAUCAAUUUUUACAGAGCUGGUAACUUGGCAGUGUGGGAUACUCACGGGUGGAGAAGGUUUGCUGCUGGGAAGAAUGUUCGGUGUGUGUGAUUGUGGAGGUCGUGCCCAGGGGAGCCAAAGUCACUCCAGCUGCUGGUCUCCCCUGCCUCUCUCCAGCAAAAUGUGUCCUCUGUUGAUUGAUUGGAGAGGCAUAGUGGAAGACUUUUCCUGCCCCAUGCUGCAAAAAGAGCUUGUUUCCCUGAGCCUUCAGAAACCCCCAGCUUCAAACAGGAGAAAGCAAGCCAGAGCAUCACCGAGCUCCUGAAUUAAACUCUGUUCUGGUGCCUGAGCUCGGGGGUUUUCAGAGAAUGAAUGAGAGACUGUCCAGUGCCUGGUGGGUCCUGGGAGGCCAGCUGCCUUCUCAUCCCCCUGGGAGGUGGCCCUUCCCAAACCCACCAAGGCAUGUGAGCGGACCAGCCCCUGGCCCUCAGAACCCAGCUUUUUCUGGACAAGAGUUAUGCAGGAGAGACUGAAGCAUGCCAGUUUCAAAGGCGAUCUGGGGUGAAAGUCAUUAACAAAGCCACCUGGAAAAGGUGCCCUGGGGUGGCUGUGGACAGACCUGCAAGGACUUGCAAAACAAAAGAAGGUGAAGUUUGUUAAACCACUGAGCCACUUGCUCCCUGCAGCCUCCUCAGCUGCCUUCUCUGGCUCACCCAGGCUCCUCUCUUGCUUUGAACAGUGGCAAAACAGAAUCCUAAGGAAUCAGAGAUCCCCCUUCUACCAGGCUGCAAAUGGGGCUGUAGCACUUGAAAAUUGUUUUUCCUUCCAAAUAGUGCACCAGGGAUGUUAACUGAGGGGCAAAAUGCCUGCUUUGAGGUCUGCAGUUUCGGAACGCUGCAAUAUGGAACUUUGAUUCUGGCAGUGGAUGGUCUGUAAAAUAUUUUUGUUCUUUUGCCACCAACUUAGGGAACUGUUUUAAAGAGUCCUCCCAAGGCCUCUGCUAGCAGGCAGAAGCCACUUGCCCUCCUCUGAUAACAGCCUCUGCACAUGUUCAGAUUUGCUUUUCAGCUAGAGACACAGAGACAUUGUGGAUGUCACCCACUUUCAUCUUCCCUUUGAGCCCUGUUGAACCCUCCUGGGCUCAGCUCAGUGGCAGAUGAGAGAAGCCUGAAAAAUCCAGAGUUUGAAAGCUCCCAUUUGUAAAAACAAAAUGCUUUUUAAGUCCCCUUUGCUCUCCCCAGUCCCACCCCUACCCCCACCCCCCGCCCCCUGUGUCCAUAACCAGAAGACAGAAUCUGAAGCUAGAAAGAGGAUACUCCUAGUCCCCUCCUCCUAGCCCCCAUGAGUCUUAGUAAGACUUUUGCUCCGUGCACGAUUGCAUCUGAAUGGGUGGGUGAGAGGUUGGGGCAGAGGGCAGGCCAGGCCUGGGAGGGCCCACGAUGUGUGCUCAAACCAGCUGUGGGAACAACUCGAGCCCUCCCUCCUCCCGGCCUACCCCGUGCGGCUGCUUUUGGCUGGAUUCCCUGCGCCCAGUGCAAUACACCCUUUCCCCUUCACUCUCCCUUGGUUACUAUGGAAACAAGGGUGUCAUUGAUGUGUGCUGAGCUGGGGAACAUGUCGGUGCACAGCUGAAAGUCAGCGAUUAUGCCGGCGGUUAGAAAUGUGCCAGGGUUAAAGAAGUCCGCAGCUCCCAUGACUGCUUGGGGGACACAGGUCUGUGCCCUUCCUCCCGCCCUCCAUCUCUGCUUCUCUCUCCUGGCCUUUGACAAAUUUCUUUAUUCCCCUCUGGACUAAAGUGGGAGUUAUUUUUGUGCCACUCUGUGCCCCACCCUCACUGUUGGCCGCUCCUUAUCCGGCCUGGCCUGGAGGGUGACACCAUGUCACCCUCGCCAGGACUCGUCCCUCGAUUCCCGUCAGAGUUUGCUUUGAUUUCUCUUUCCUUUCCUUCUCAGGGGCCAGUUCUUACUUCCACUUAUUUUUAGCUCUGCACUCCAUGUGGUUUCAGGGUUCAGUCUGAUCCAUCGAAAGAUUCUUUUUUUAUAGUCCCUUUUGAAAACGAUAAUCAAAGGAAGGGACGUGGUGUUUGGUCAUGUGGAAAACUCAAUGUAUAAUUUAGACGUCUGUCAAAAAUCCAACAAAUAAAAUUUCGCUGAAAUGAAA